AUGGCUGAAACUCGAAUAUGUGAUGUGCAGCUCCAGAUUUGGUACUACGGUUCUACUCUUAAAUCGGAGUUCAAAUAUUUCCGUAAUCUUGAUGAAGUGCCUAUGGAUCUGAAGUCGGAGUACUUGCGAAUCAUGCAACGAGCCUACAUGCGGAAUUCCUCCGGUAUUCGUCCACACAUGGCCCAGAACUAUCGCAAAGUAAUCGGAAUACUUGUUGCUGCAAGCUGGAUUCAUCUUCCCUCUGACAUCAAGCAGACUGUCAAGUUCUACCAUGCAACAGUACAGGAGUUCAUUACAGGAGAUCCUAUCGGCAAGAAACAAGACAAAAACUGGGCGAGGGCAGACGAUUCUGGAGGGGAACUGGAGACUUAG